UCUUUUUUCGGCCGCUCCCAUGUCGUCCUCGCCCUUGAGCGCUGGAGAGGGAGCAUCAUGGAUCGAUUUCCGCUCGCCCCCUUCUACCCCUUCCCCUGUGCCGACGCCGGCGGUACGCCCGCCGAAUACGAGCUCCCCCUCAUGGUCGCACCCCACGCGGGAACGUGAACGUGAACGUGAACGGGGCGAUGGUCGCGCAUGGGCAGGGAUCCGCCGUGCGCUGUCGCUCACCAACCGCAGACGCCUUUCGGUACCUUCCGUCGUGAAGGACCCCAAAGCGGAGGGGGAUAGCUCGUCGGGCGAUACACAAGCCAGGGACGGGGACACUACGGAGGAGGGGCGUGCGUUCGAUGGCCCGAGCGGCGAGGUGGAGAUUGAUGGGCUCGGCUCGCUCGCGUGGUUUCCUGCGCCGCCCGGACACGCACCGCUGGGUCCGCUGGGGCCGCCCCUGCUGCUGCUGCCUGAAGACACUUCAGAGGACGGGGGGGAGGAAGAAGGACACUCGGACGACUCGCUGCCGCCCAGGACGCCCCCUUCGUGUCCGGACUCGUCGCCCGUUCUGCCACUCACACUGCUGCCCCUCUCCCCUUGUGUGGCGAGGCUCGAACGCGCUGUAUCGCUCGCAGGGGAUAUCUCAUCUGCAUCUGCACCCAGGAUGAGCUACGACAAUGCCCACUGGCUCGCAGACCCAGCACCGCCCGCCUCCCACCCUUUCCACCACAAGAAACAGCCCUCCGUCCCGCUCUCUACCCGCACAACAUCUACAUUCCCACUCCUCUCCUCCCCUGACAACGCGCCCAUCUCCCUCUCUCCCUCGACGCAGUACGCCCACUCGUCCCUCGCCUCGCGCUCGUCCCACCGACAUUCAGCCAAGUAUACUGCCUUCUCGGGGUCUACUGGCGAAAACGAAGGCGGCGAAGACGAUAGCAUCUACUCGUACUCUACCCUCGCAUCGUCCCGAGGCGCGCACUGGCACGUCAGCGAUAAACCCGACAUCUCGACCGUCUUUGAAGAAGACCCCGGCGAUAGAGCCGGGUUCCACAACGACUUUUGCCCUCCCCUUUCAGCAUUCACUCACAAGCCGGGCUCUCAAUCCGAACGCGGUCUGCGCUACCCCGCGACAAAGCUUCACUCCCAAGCGUCCACUAGCUCGUUAGUCAGCAAAGCCACACACAAGUCUGUGCCAAACAACUACUUUUCCUUGCGCGAUAACGCUUCUUCUUCUUCAUCUGUGAACGGCAGAGAGAAAGAGAGAGAGAGGAGCGGUACGCCUUCUUCAUCGCACGGCACUGUUGUUUCGACGAAAUCUACAUCAGGCUCGGCAACUGCGCACCCGUUCGCAAACGCCGUCGUCAGGCCUUCAGCGCCGUCCACCCCGUCUUCGAAAUCAAAACCGAAACCUUCCUUCCUCUCUCCCCAGCCCGCUCGUCCGGGUCCUACCCCUCUCACAGGCUUGUCCAGCUCCAAAUCAGCGCCCGACCUCGACGCCCUCUCCCUCUCCCAUUCCCACCAGACUCAGAGAGAAAGACAAAGAGAGAUGCCGCCUUUACAGCCUGUAGUCGUCUCUACGCAGGAUGAAGAUGACGACGAGACGUGUCCGGUGUGUGUCGAGCCCAUGGGGGCUACGUAUAGGUUGCCUGGGGAAAAGCCGCCGAUCGUACCGGAAUGUGGACAUGCUUUGCACGAGGAAUGUUUCUCGCAUGUGUAUGGACCGCCGCCGGCAGAGGGGUCGAGGAAGGUAUUGGGCGUUUGUGGGGUUUGCAGGCAGCCUAUGAAAUUGGCCGAGGGCGGUGCCAAGAAGGAUAAACUCUCAGCGUUGAUGGGUCAACCGAAAUCGGGUGGGAGCGCGGCAAGCAACAGGGCCCUACCCCCGCCUUCUAUCCGUACCACAUCGACCUCUGGCCACCCGCACCCCUACCCUUCUUCCCGGUCCUUGCACUCGCCAGCUACGGGCGCAACCUCGCCCAACGACCCCUCAGCCGACGACCCCAUCUCCCGCCCUCCCCCUUCCUCCUCCGCUUCCGCCCCACACGAGAAGAACGUCAAAGUCCUCGUCCCCCAGCUCUCGAUCAAAUCCGAAUUCCCCUGCAUGCCGAAAAAUGGCCGAGGGAAAGAAGGAAGGAAAGAGACGGUGACGUGUUUGGUCACUGUGACUGUGCCGCCGCCGAGGAUGGGCGAGAGGGGGAGGUAUGCGGCGCCGGUGAGGCCAGGGGUGGGCCUUGGUUUGGGGAUGGGGAUGGGUGAGGGCACGCCGCAGCUACCGCCGUCGCCUACGUCAACGUCUUCGACGAGAGAUAUCCUCCGGUCUCCUGCCCAACCGCCGAGUGCGAGCGCGAGCGGCACAGGCGGACCGGCCGACCCCUUCACCCGCGUAUUCGAAGACCUCAAAACCCGCAUCAUCGACCCCAAAACGCUCAACGCCCCCUCCCUCGGCCAGCUCAAGCUCUUCGACAUCCUCAGCGUCCGGAAGGGCAGUCUGAAGCGGGAUUUCCACGUGUAUCUGUGUACGGACGCGCUGGUCUGUGCGCAGGAGGAGAAAAGGUCGGGGUUCAGGCAGAUCUUUUCAUCGGGCGGCGGGGGCGGUUCGAUGCGGAGCGACCAUUCCGGCCAGUCCGGCAAGGGUAUGGUGCUCCGCCUCAAAGGCCGGAUCUACCUCCGGCACGUCACCGCCGUGCUCGACCAGUCCACCCCGUCCGAGCUCGCGCUCAAUAUCUCGAUGGGGGACGACCACCCGGAUUCGUUUGUCCUGACUUUUAGGGAGCGGGGGUCGUUUGAGACUUGGAAGAGCACGAUAGGGAGGAUGAUGGAGGAGGCGAAAGGCAAGAGGGGAGGAGGCGGGGCGGGGAAGAUAUUGGGCCCGGGGAUGCCGGGGAGUUUUACGAAUAUGGUGUCGCCGCAGCACUCGCCGUAUACACCUGCUUCCGCGGCUUUCUCAAUGUCAUCGCCCUCGACAUCGACGGUCCAGGAGCUUCCUCCUUCUUUCUCUUCUACGCAAGGGUCGACGAGCGACUUGGCGUAUACCACCCCGCUCGCACCGGUGCAUACGCCGCUGGACCUUGUACUUGUUGUUUCGCUGUCAGCGUUCGCGCCCGGGCAGAGUCUCCCGCUGAAAGUGAAGCUCGUCAGGCAGAGCUUGGAGUUUACCCUCGCGCUGCUCGGGGUGAACGACCGAGUUUCCCUCGUGUCGUGCGAGAUGGGCUCGAACGGGACGUUACGCAAGACACCCUUCUUAUCGCCGUACCUCCCGCACUCGAGGCAGAGGCUCGAAGCGUUUAUCGAAACCCUCGGCCAGGGGCGUCCUGAAGAAUAUGAAGAAGGAGGGGACGAGUUUGAAGUGCCUGUAGGGAGAGAUGAAAGGUUGGACGUGGUGACGGCGAUCAACGCCGCCCUCGACGUCGUGCUCCAGCGCAAAGCCAAGAACCCGCUGUCGGGUAUGGUGGUCAUCAGCGAAACGGCCGACGGUCUGCGGAAAACCCAGAUGGACCUCGUCACUGCCCGUCUCGACGCCGCGCACAUCCCCGUGCAUGCUAUAGGCUACGGCAGGGCGCACGACCCGUCGCCGCUGUGGAUCGUGACGUCGCAUACCCACGGCGACUAUACGUUUGUCAAGGAGUGGUACCACCUCAGAGAGACGUUGGCGGGGGUGGUGGGCGGGAUGAUGAGUGUGGUGAUGGAUAAUGUCAAGCUCCACGUUUCGUGUGUCGACAAUGACUUUAGGGUCGUCAAAGUCACGGGGCCGGUGGGGACGGUGGUGGUGGGCGCGGGGAAGGAGCUGGAUGUGGAGUUGCAGGAACUGCAUUACGGCCAGAAGCGAGAAGUCUUGAUCGAGCUCGAACUCGACAACCCCGAGAGUCGAUAUUCUGGCGGCAGCUCUUCAGAGUCAUGGGACCGCAACGCUUCUCUCCGCCGGGCGCCGUCAUCCAACCUCGGUAUGGACCUCCUCAGCGUCGCCGACAAUGCGUACGAAGAUGCGGUGGACGAAGUACCGGUGUGCGAGGUCGACCUCGCUUAUCGCGACCCGUCCGUCUCCCGCUCUGUCGCGAGGCUGGCGCACCCGCAGUUGUUGACGAUCGCCAUCUCGCCGCGCGACUAUCCUUCCGACCCCGCGAUCGUGGCGAGGCGGUUGGAGCUGUUGGCGGGGGAUAUGAUCACGCGCGCGGUGCUGCUGGCGUCGAGAAAGAAUUUCGGGCAGGCAGAGAGGGUCACGGAGGAGAUGAAGAAGAUUAUCCGCAAGAUGCAGGACAAUAUUACCAACCAUGUCGCCAACGGCUCUUCUUCUAGCUCGGGCGCGGGCGUGGGCGCGGGGGGGUCGAGGAGGGAUCCAGGGCGGAGGGGGACGAAGAAGGAGAGGGAAGCGAUGCUCGCUGUGGAGAGGCUCGAGGGACCGGCGGAGAGUUUGGAGGUUCUUAUGGAUGGGAUACUUGGGGUAGGGGAGAAGGGGAGUUUGGAUAGGGAUGUGAGGGAUUACAGUGCCCAGCAGUCGAGUAUCAUGCGUUCGCAAAGAGCUUGGACGACACGGUCAUUGCUCGAAGCCGACUACUGCGUACCCGAGGUGCAGAAUAUCAUCCAGCUAUGUGGGGAGUGGCAGUCUAGGUUCUGAGAGCGUUUGGAAGGAAGAAGGGUUGUUUUGAUAGUGUCUUUUCUGGCUUUUUGCUUUUGCUUGCGUCCGGGGUUUUUGUUCUAUUUUGGAUGGUUUAUAUUCGGCUUGGCUUUCCUUCAUCUGCUAGUAUUGGAACUUUUAUUUUCGCACUUCUUCGGUCAGGUUUUUCGGGGUUGUUUGCUUAUCUUCGAUGUAUCCCAUAGAUGAGCA